AUGAUAAAAAUAUUCUUAAUAUUGGCAGCCCUAGCUUUGUGUGAGGGUGUUACUUAUUCAAGUUUCUGGGCGCCUCUGUUUAAUCCAAGGAUUUUGAACUACCGUGUAGAUUUAGAUUAUAAUCCUGAUGCUGGAAAACUGUUCCGAGAGGAAUACACACAAAAAUACGGCUAUCGAGGUGCACAGUUAAUAGAAGACUUGGGAAAUGGCAAAGGACCAAGUGAUUCAAGAGAACAAAAGAGUUAUGGAGAUGUAAGGUUCUAUUACACAUAUCCAGGAGCAAACUUAGACCAGAGAUAA